GAGAAAAAUAAAAUAAUAGCUCCGUUCUACACCAGCCGAUAUAUACACGGAGCAUCUGGACCUCCAGAUUUGAUAUCUCACUCCGACCUCUCAAUUGCCCCCUCAAGCAAAGCAGCAAAAGAAGAACACCGCAGAAAAAAUCUAUCCACGAGAACAGACGCAGUUCCACAUUACUACUAGUAGUAUUGUGCGGCCGGAGCCAAUUUUAUUAUUUUUUUUUUGAUCGCCUUUCAACUUAUUUAAUUUUCUUAUUGGCACACCCCGUGCUUUUGAAGAAGUCCGAGCGGGAGCAGCGUGUUUGCUGUUUUGCGCAGCUCCCUGUUUGGAGUUCACGUCGAGAUGGAGAACGUCGCGCAAACUCCGUUCAUUCGGGAGUUAGCCUCCAGCGAUAAACGAACCCGCGACAAGGCCCUUGAAUCGCUAACCCGCUUCAUCCAAAGCCGGAGAGAUUUGCAGCUUGUCGAGCUAUUAAAGAUAUGGAAAGGGCUAUUCUUCUGCUUCUACCACUCCGACCGUCCUCUAACCCAACAAUCCUUCGCGCGCUCGCUUUCCUUCACACUCGUCCCCUCUCUCCCUGCGCAAACCCUCCAACCGUUCCUGCGAGCAUUCUGGAUAACCAUGUCGCGCGAUUUCCACUCCCUAGAUCGACUACGGCUGGAUAAAUAUCUCUAUCUAAUCCGGUGUUAUGUGGGUGUUGCGUUUGAGGUGUUUUUGGAGAAGGGUUUGUCAGGGGCGCGGGCGGGAGUGAAGAAGGAGCAGGGAAAAGGGGAAAGGAAGGGGGAAAAAGAGGGUUCUGGAAAGCGGGAAGGGAGUCUAGGGAAGCGGAAGAGGGGUGAAGAAGCGGAUGAAAAUGGCGUGGGGACCGCUGAGUCUGGAGACUUGGGGAUCUGGACGGAGCUAGGAAUAUAUCUUGACAUGCUGGAAGAGGGCCCGCUGUGUCCGAUUAAUUUCGACCCGGAAAAUGACAAUGGCAAUGAAAAUCCUUCUGUACGGAUGCACAAGGGGCCUGAUGGGUUGCGGUAUCAUUUGUUGGAUAUUUGGUUGGAUGAGAUUGAGAAGGUUGCUGUUGUCGAGGUUGAGGCUGAUGGGGAUGGGAAUGAGACUGGGCAAGAUGGUAGUGAGGGUAGUGAGGGCAAUGAGGCGGGAAGCCCGACAGUUGCCGGGAAGACAAAAGAGAAGAAGGGGCAGCUGAAAACGGGAGUGCCGAUGGAGUUACUUCUUCGUCCGAUUGUUAGGCUACAGGAGAAGAGCAUUUCGAAGCUGGUUAGGAAGCGGGCGGGGGUGGUAUUAGAUGAUGAGCGGUUGGUGGAGUGGGGAGUUAGGGAGAGGAAGAAAACUGACGAUGAGGAGGAGAAUGAGGAGGAGGAAGGAUGGGGAGGUAUUGAAGGGUGA